GGGAGAGGUAGGAGGUAUUAGGAGGGGGAGAGAAGGGAUAUAAGGUGAGAGAGGGGAGGGUGAAAGGGAAGGGGAGGCAAAAGAUAUGGGAAGAGGGGAGACAAAGGAAAGGAAGGGAGAAGGCAGGAGGGAGAAAAGGGGGAGACAAAGGGUAUACAGUGAGAGGGAAAGGGAGGAGGGGAGGAGAAAUGAGUGUGCAGAUUCCAGGUAAGCCGAGGCACCAUGCUCACCUGUCCGCUGGCUUGAUUACCUCCCCCAACAACCAGGGAAAAUAUUGCACCUGUGGAAGUGGCUGAUAAGGGCCGUUACACAAGAGCACAUCGUCUACCGGCGCCCCACGACCUGCGCAGUGAAUCGUACGAGCCAGCACAGCCCCGCGCAGCCCUCACACGCUCGUCCCCUCCCGAAGAAGCAGGAGCACAGUGAAGCCAAGGAACCCAACGGCGGACGUGCUUUCAUCAGUUGUAGCUACGUCAGGAAGGAUGCGGCCGCCUUCAGAGGACAAGGACCCACCCGCUUACGACUCCAUGUAUCCUGGAGAGGCGCAGGAGGAGGGGAGGGAUACGGGUCAAAGAGGGUCAUUCAGGGUCGUGGAGGGACUGGGUCUUCGUAGGAUGUCUAGCAGAGAGCCGCCGCCCGAGGUUGUGGUUAUACGGGGUGAAACGGGGAGGAAGGAAAGGAGUGAAGGGAAGGAGGCGGCCGCGGAGGGGACGCUGCCGAAAUCUGACGAAGGGAAGAAGAAGGAAGAAACGAAGGAAAGAAAAAUGUGUGACUAUAUUUCAACUCCCAGCGCCGAGGAAGUAUUAAGGGACUUCUGCACCAAGACCACGGCCCACGGGUUCAGCCACAUCGUGAAGAGCGGGCAACCCCUCCUGCUGAGCGCCUUCUGGUUUCUGGUGACGUCGACGGGGAUCCUGAUUCUGAUCUCGGCGUCCUACGAGGUGACCUACACGUCCCUCAUCGCCAAGCGGCCGUCCAUCGAAGUGGUGCACGUCGACAAGUACGGAACCGGCAUGCGGGUGCCCUACAUCACCAUCUGCAGCCUCGCAGGGUUCGCGAGGUCCAAGCUGGCGAAGUACAACGUGAGCAACACCUUGGCCUCGUACCUCCUGCUGGCGGUGAGGGGGACAGAAAUCAUCAGCCCGUCCCUGGAAACCACCCCGGGGCGACAGGCGGUGCUGCAGGACGAUAUGGACACUUACCUGCGGGUCCACAACCUCACCGUGGGCCAAAUGGUGUCCCUGCUCUCUCCGCAGUGA